AUGUCGUCUAUCGUUCUUGCCGAAGAGAUUCUUGACCUUCUUGUCGACAUUCUGGGAAGUGAAUACACUCUAACAUCGCCCUCGUCCCUCCCGCUGGGUCCGAAGGAGCUGGGCACGGUGCGAGCGCUGGGCAGCUUGAGCCUAGCCUCUCGACGCCUCGCCAGCCGAUGUCGAGUGCACCGCUUCUGGAAAUUGACAUUCCAUGCGGAUACCUGGCCGGGACUCACAGCACCUCCUCCCUAUCGAGAAGAUGCAAUCCAGAGGACAGUCACACUCUUCCGCGACAACCCACGGUUGUUCUGGUAUGUACGCGACAUUGAUGUCGUAUUCCGCCGCGAGGGAGGGGACCCAUUUCAUUUCCUCCAAUCCCUACAUUCCUUCCUGCCUAACGUUCACAAUGUGGACACGAUGGCUCUGCGCGUACCGGGCUCUCCACGUCGUUGGAGCGAGUUCGACAAACUCACCCAAGCCGCGUUGCUUCAAUGCAUCAAUCAAAAUCCGCUGGCAAGGAUGCUGAGGGUGGAUGGCAUCAGACUCCCGGAAAACAUCCUCAAGAUUCUUCCAUCCAGCCUCGGGGGUUUGCGAUUGCAUGGCUCUGGUGGAAUCGACGCUCCUAUCUCCCAAUGCCCUAUUCUUGCACCAGAAACGAAAUGUCGACCAGAAGAGCUCCAGAUAUCCAUCAGCGAUCCCUUCACGAGGAUCAUGAUGGAACAGGAACCCAGCUUCUUCAGUCGUCUUGCGCGGUUGGAUGUGUUCAUCCACGGCGAUAGCAUCAAUCUGCCAAUCUUCCAUCGACUCCUUUGCGAUCCACAUCUUCUGGUCACGACCAAUGUCCACACUCUGGAUUUAUCAUACCAUGGGUCUGAUGUCUUCUCAGGCGUAGCGGAGAACAGCUGGGGGUGGAGGUAUGGAGUUUCAGGGAAGAUUGUUGGAAGAGAUAAGACUCGUGUUCCAGGAGACGUCAAGGAACAUCAAGCAAUUCACAAUCAAUGGUAUCCUUCAAUAGAGUAG